UUUCCAAAAAAGAAAGAACCUAAAAACCUAAUAAUCUGCACGUCCAUCUUCUAACCCACAGCACCGUCGCACGUCGAGACCUUCCAGACGGCCAGCGAGACCAGCAACACUGCACGUUCGAUCGUCCCUUCCCCGCAGUCGCAGUCGCACAUCCUCCGGUAUGUAUCCGGUCGUCUGACCGUCCAAGAGCUCCUCCGCUUGUCCUCCGACCCAUUCCCGGCCAUAACCUCAUGCCCCUCCUUGCACAUCAACAAACAUAGGGGAUUGAAUAAGAAUUUUCAGAAGACAUUUCGUGACUACUAGGAGCAAGGGGAAUUGUUGAUGAACUUUCUUUCUUCUUACAUGAUUAUAUGAUGAACAAAGAUAGGGUUGAACUUGUACAAUGGUAACUGUGAAGUCUUAUGUGGAAAAAUAAGAACAAUCUCAGGAUGGGUGACUUCCUAGGAAGCAUGUGAGUGAGGAUAAAACAUGUUGGAAAGACUGAUUUUGGUUUGCAGAGCUAGUCGUCAUUCCAAGAAGUUUUCAAAGUGACGUACUCGUGUAUAGUAUACUGUGUAAUUAUGAGACUACACAAGUGAAUGAGGUACAGACGUAUCGCCCCAUUUGUUCAACAUUUUUUUUCUUCUCUAAAAUUGGAGUUUGGACACCCUGUUUCCAUUCUCUCUUCGAUUUGGGAUUGGUGGCGGAACCUUGUGGCCUAUCAUAAUUCUUCUCGACGAUUUCAACUUCUCAUUUCGUUCCUCAUCCGUUCCCUGCUGCCGCUCAGGCUCAGGAAAAGGCUGAGCGCAGCACCAACCUCUUUGUCUCCGACUUUGCAAGCUAGCAAGCUGGUGCAAAAGGCUCAAAAAAAGUUGCUCAACAUGUUCCAUCUAUGUUUGAGUUUUACAGGUUGAGAAAUUAGGUCUGGCUCAGGAGUGGUUUCUUCUCCAGGGUUAUCCGGGGUCGGUGUUCUAUAGAUUAGACUUGUCAGAGGUAGAGCUCUACAAUUAAACGAACUCCACCUGGAAUGGAGAUGUGGGACGUUGUCCACAUCCCGGAUAAGCCCCAAAGUGCACCCAAUCAACAACCCACUGUGAAUGUAUUGGCUGCAGCCAUUGAGCCUAAGCUCACCAAUGCCCUUAUAAGGCGUUUGAACCAAAUUGCUCCCCUUGAAAAUCUUCGACAUGUGAAGCGGGUGCAAAAGAAACAAUUAGAAGGAGGAAAUAUUCAGCUAUCGGUGAUCUUAUGUGUAGCUUCUGAAGAGAGCAAUGAGUCAUGCAGUAUGCCAGAUGGUGUGCAGGAGCUUAUCAAUUCAUACCAGUUGAGUGUUUUUGAAACGAAAGUAUGCCAAUAUGCUGCAUUGUCAAAAGAAGAGUGGGAAGAACAAUGUAAGCUGUGGCCAACUUCGUAUCAUCCUCGAACCUAUAACAUUGACGGUAUUACUGGAUUCAGUAAUGAGGACAGCCGAUCAAUUUUUGUAUUCAUGAACAUGGCUAUUCACUUGGCAAAAUCUGGUAGUGGUUCGGUUGUCAAUGCUGCUGUUAUAGUGGAUCCCUCGGUUAAACAAGUAAUUGCCACUGCACAUGAUCAAGUUUUUUCAUGGGAUGCUACAGCAAACAAGAUUACACUUGAAACAAAUUGCCUUAGAAAGCGGGAAACCCUUGAUUUGAGUACUGAUUCUGAGGGAAUGGAGAGCCAUAAGACAUUGCCGUCUACUUGUUUUCAGGAUGAAACAAAACAAUUAUAUACUGGUGUGUCUUGUUUUUAUCCUUGGGGGUGGGCUGAGCAGCAACCAGUAUAUAGUUCUGGCUGUUGGCACCCUUUACGCCAUGCUGCUAUGGUUGCUAUUGAAUCUUCUGCUGCCAGGGACAGACUCCUUUUUCCCAGUUCAGGUGAGAUCCAAGAUGAUUCAAUUGAUGUUGAUAGCAGGAAGUAUUCGACGGGCUCUCCUGCAAAAAAACAAAAGACAAAUAUUCAAAAGAUUACGGGUAAUGAUAUCAAGAACAUUUGUGAGGAAGAUUUACAUUCUUCAUCAGACCGGCCAUAUCUUUGCACUGGUUAUGACAUCUAUUUAGUGUGGGAGCCUUGUGCUAUGUGUGCAAUGGCCCUGGUUCACCAGAGAAUUAGGCGUAUAUUCUAUGCUUUUCCGAACCCGAAUGCUGGAGCACUAGGUAGUGUCCAUAGGCUACAAGGGGAAAGAAGCCUGAAUCAUCAUUAUGCUGUAUUCAGGGUGAUGGUUCCAGAACAGGUUCUUUGAUGGAACCCACCAGACUUGACUUUUAUUUAUACAACUUCAAACUCUUAUUUUAAACAUGACAGAAAAUCAUUCUUCUUGUUGGAUGAUUUUCUUAUAUGUUUGAUUUUGGAAUAUUUUGUUCACUAUGUAUUAGGUGCACUGAAUUUUAAAACCCUAUCAACGGUGGCAAAAACGAAAUGUAUUAGGGAAAGAUUUCAUACAUGCAAUUGACGACAAAAACUUGAUAUUGCUUAAUCCAGACUAUAAAAUUUGGAAGCUUGUUUUAGUUA